AUGACGAAGGAAAGUAUUGUAUCGAUGCUAGGGAUGAGAGGAACUGCAGGAUACAUUGCACCAGAAGUGUUUAAUCGGAACUUUGGAGGAGUAUCUCAUAAGUCUGAUGUUUAUAGCUAUGGGAUGCUAGUUCUUGAAAUGGUGGGUGCAAGAAAGAAUUUGGAUUCAGAAGGGUCUCAUACCAGUGAAAUGUUUCCACAUUACAUAUAUAAAGAUCUAGAGCUGGAGAAUGAGAUUAUAUGUGGGGAAAUAACAGAGGACGAGAGCAAAAUAGCAAGAAAGAUGAUAUUGGUAAGUCUUGGGUGCAUUCAGACCCGUCCAUCUGAUCGACCAUCAAUGAGCAAAGUGGUAGAGAUGUUGGAAGGACCUCUUCAUUCCUUGCCAAUUCCACCAAAGCCUCUCUUAUUUUCUGAAGAAGCAUCUGCAUCCAUGUCCCAACCAUCUGAAACUGGCUAA